AUGUCAUCGUUUUCUCAAAAAAAUCUAGCAGCACAAAAUAUAGCAGAAACGGCCAACAAAGGGUUUAUGAGUUACAUCCACAACUGGACCUCUACCAGUCAACAAGAAGACAAUAAAGUAAUCUCAUCAAAUCUUGACGAUCUUUUAAGUGUAUCAGAUAUAGAUUCAGACACUAGUAUGCUGACCAACAACAGUUCGAAAAACCACCACUCAUCGAAAAGAUCGAGUCCUGCCCCGAUACCAUCCACUGCUACAAAGAAAGCAAAAAUCACCGAUGCAUAUUUGAAAGAACUUCUGGCAUAUCAUGAGCCAGUGUUUGAUAGACCACCUCCAACCACAAUAGGAAUCUUGGAUAUGAAUCAAUUAGAACAUUCAACUAAAACCAUGCAAAAAUGUGUCUCCAGUAUACUUGAAAAGGCACCUAAUUGUAACCAAUUACAAUAUCUCAUUGAAUCUAACGAGAUAGAUAAUAGUACCAGAAUUGAAUUACAAGACAAUCCAUUGAUAAGCACAGCAACAAAAUUAAAGUCAUUACAUGAAAUUGGAAAAUUACCAAUUCUAGACCAAAUCAUCAAUGAUGAAGUCGAAAUAAGUGAGAAUGAUUUGAAAAAUUUGAAAAAAGUGCCUGUCAAAUCAAAUUCUGUCAAAGUAAAUUCUCAUCGUGAUACUGUACCAGAAAUUGAAUCUACCGGGGUUGACCAUGACAUGCCACCGUUACCACCAAUAAAAGAUCCCAAGUUGUUUGAACGAGUUUUUGUUCACAGAUCCACAGUCAAUAACAAGCAAUAUCUUGAAGCUAAUCAAUUGUUGCAUAGUCAUAAUGAACGAUUAGAAUUCUAUGGGGACUCGAUUUUGAAUAAUUUAGUGACCCUUAUAAUUUUCAAAGAGUUCCCUGAUUCAGCCGAAGGUGAUUUAUCGAAAAUUAGAUCAAGAUUAGUUAACAAUAAGACAUUAGUUAAAUUCGCCUUUCAAUAUGGAUUCGACAAGAAGUUACGUACUAGAAUAAGUGAAAAUGUAUUAAAGACUGGUGAUCAGAAAAUCUUUGCUGAUGUAUUUGAGGCAUAUAUCGGAGCAUUAGCAUUAGAAAAAGGUCUUGAAGUGGAAGAUGUCAAGGAAUGGCUUGCUAAAUUGUAUGCGCCAUUGAUUCAUGAGUUGAAAAUUGAAUAUAUUGAGGAUCCAAUUGAUAGAGAGGCCAAAUCCAAAUUAUAUGCACUUAUAGGUCAAGAUGAUUUACAUCCAAUAUAUAACACUAUUCAAAUGGGUGAUGGAAUUAAUCAUAAAUUUAUAGUUCAAUGCACUAUCAAUGGAGAAGAAUUAGGUCGUGGUUCAGCCAAUAGUUUGAAAGAGGCAGGGUUAAGAGCUGCCAUGGCAGGACUAAAUAAUACUGAAAUUUUGAAAAAAUACUUUGUGGCACGUCAACAAAUUGAAAGACCAAUUAAAUUACAACGACUCGAAAGAGAAAAUGCCAAGAAGAGGGAAAUUGCAGAAAGAUUAGAACAGGAAAAGAAUAAUCUCCCUUCUACACCGCUGUCGCCAAUUAGAACCUCGAUGUUUCCUAUCCCAGUUAAUGAAAAUGAACCAUUGGACAUUGAUGCCAAAAACAAAUUGUAUGGUAUCCUUGGUAGAAAAAUUGGUGACAAACCGAUUUAUCUUACAUCUCAGGUAAAUGGUAAUUUGUUUAGAGUGGUAUUAAACGUUAGAAGCAUUUUGAUUUGUGAAGCAACUGAUCCAUCGAAGAAGAAAGCCAUGGCCAGAGUAGCUCAAACAUUAUUGGAAAAUGAAAGUGCAAUGAGAGAAAUUUGUAAAGAUUUCCGAACUAGGGACUCACCAGAAUAG